AUGGGUUCAUUCUUCCUUGUGAACUUGUGCUUAGUGGUAAUCACAAUGCAAUUCCAAGAAACAAAGGCACGUGAGAAAGAGUUAAUGGAGCAUAGUAAAGAUGAGACUGGGUUCCACCACCCAUCGUCACUGAUGUCGUUUGUGAAGUUUCUUCAAAACUUAUGCAAAUGCGCCUCUAAAGAUAAAGAACCUCAAGUUCAUCACCAUCAUCACCACUUUUAUCAUCAUCACCACUUUCAUCACCACUUGUUCAACUGUUUUGUGCCGGCUUCUCCGGUGAUGCUUUCUAACGUGCGAAAUGUUUCUGAUCUGGCUCGUUCAUCAGAAAUACCAGAAAUAAAAUUCCAAGAAGAAGGAGAACAAGAGGUAUCAUUUCCUCCAUUUUCCGAGGAGUAUGAUGGGUAUCAAAAAUGUCUAACUUCGACUCAUGAACAAGCUUCUCGAAGAAGUUCAAGAACUUCCAUAUGCUCACAUACGUUAUCAAUACAUGCCGAAACAGCAUCAGCCGUUUCUUUCGAAGACAUCAUGGCGGAAACGAAGACAAGUGUAACUUUAAACAUUCCCUCACCGACCGCCACCGUGGGCUUCUUUGCAUUUGGUUCGAGUAACAGUAGCCCUAGAAUGAGGAAAAAUCCUAACAUCAGUAAAGCCGAACAUUCUACAUCCACAACCGUUUCAGCGGAAAUAAACCCACGAUAUUCCAGCGUUAACUUUGGAAAACAAGAUGAACCCAAAAUGGAACUAAAAGUCGAAAAGAAAUCAUCGCUUCGUCGUAACGAUAAAGACGCGUUAAAAAAGCGGCGCUUUAGCCAGCCAGUUCACGUGAAGUUGGAUUGCACUCCAACUCCUGUUAUCUCAACGUACAGGUCCUCAGAAAUAAUUAACGAGGGCAUAGACCCUGAUAAUUCUAUUGAGGUUGGAGCAAAUCCUGUCAAACUAGAAGUAGACUUCUCCUAAACAUAAUUUACAGAGCAGUGACCUUUCUUUUCAAGAAAUCUCUUCAAAUAGGGGGCUGGAAGAUUAUAUCAAACCAGUUACUGCCCCCCUAAAGAAACCAUCACUAUCUCACCGUAGUAUCUCUACACAGAGUGAAGACGAUAUGUUUGAAAGUCUUUUUAACUUACGCCAAAGCGCGUGUUAAGCGCAUGUUACAACGAACCAUGGCAUUUGGCAGAAGUUCAGAGGUCUUUGCCGAAAACUUACUGUUAGCAAGCAGUUCACGUUCUUCAUCAUGAGUGUUAUUCUACUGAACAUGAUCUGCAUGGGCCUUGAACAUUACAAUCAGGUAUGCAUUAAGUAUUUUUCAAGAUUAUAGUGGUUUACAAGAAGUUGAGAUCAUAAUAGGCAGAUUUAUUAGCAAGGAAAACAUUAGCCUGAUAAAACAGUCGACGUUUCGCGACGCCGCCACUUGUUUCCCAGUGAGAUGAGUUGUCACUACCCCGAUCUGGGUAGUGCUACUGAUUGGUCGUUCCGCGAGAGAAAUUUGCUUCAACCAAUCAACCAAUAAUGUGUCUAGUUGUCUCAGUUUUCUGUGGUUUCUGGAGCGAUUGAGAGCGAUUCUAGUAAAUUAAAGUUCCAUUGCUUUCCUAAGAUAUAUCCACUAAAGAGGACGCAACUUAAUUAAUGGCCCCUCUUAGUCACAUAGAAACAAGUCAACAGGCAGAGAAGCUUAGGUAGGAAGUAGUUUUUGGUAUUUUUGAAUCGAAGUAGCAGUAAUAGUUCUUUUCCACGGACGACCAAAAUUAUAAAAUAGAGCACUCUAAUUCAUGCAUGUCAGUGCAGUGGAAGCUAAGAUUCUUUAGCUCUAGGAUAAAGGGUCUUACUUGUGAUCACAGACCCCUCCCUUAUAAUUUUGCUGUUACCAUAUUGUUGCCAUGACGACCAAAUUACAACAACCACAAAAGGCUGAAAAGAAGUCACAUGGCUGUAUUAAUUUCCAUAGAAUUUGGGGUACUUGUGCUUUACCCAUGAUGUUUUCUAUCGCAGCCGGAUAGUCUAACUGUUGCCCUGGAGACCACAAACAUAAUUUUCGUAUCCAUUUUUGGCAUUGAGAUGAUACUAAAGCUACUGGGAGAUGGAGUUACUAUGUAUCUUAACAACGGACAAAAUGUAUUUGAUGGAUUAAUUGUCAUUGUAAGGUAGGAAUGCUAUGUCUCGAGAAGUUGAUUUUAAUCACUGCGCUACGAGAUGGGUAAUUAAAUAUUGAUUUAUUUCCCUUAAUGCAAAGCCUCGCUGACUCAAGUACUGGUAACUUUAAUUAAAAAUAAUGACAAAACUUGUCAUUAUCUUACUAUCUAUUACUAUACAUUGAACUCACUACCUGUUUUCUAGUUGGCUAAGAGCCUACAGCUAGUUUUGAAAACCAGCGCAACCUACAGAUCUGUUAGCAGAUAAUUGACUAAGCUGUGGGUUUCGCGCCCAACGCAUGAUUUUUAAUAACAAUAUCAAUUCAGGUUGCUUGCGACUGUGUGUUUGUCGUUAUUUUCUUCAAAACAAUGUAUAAUAAAACAAUUAUUAGAUUCGGUUUUUGUGAUAUCCUAAAUAAUUAAGGCCUCGGUAAGUGUUAUCAGUCUCGGUCUUCGGCUCGGCUGAUAACACUUACCUCGACCUUGAUUAUUUAGCAAAUCACAAAAACCUCAUCCAAUAAAUGAUUGUUUAUUAUUGGUUUUCUCUGCUAAGUAAUUGUUAUCAAGAUUUUGGCACUUACUUUGACUAGUUAUUGAUCAUUGAUUGGUUGAAGCUAGAGUAGUGAUUUUCAGCUACUCAUACCUUAAAAUGUCACCUUUUUAAUGUAUUAUAAAAAUAUCUGUACCACUAUUUCAAAUUUAAAAUAAUCACGAGCUAAAUACCCACCUGGCAGGAGGUGAAACAGUUCAGUGUUGGUCCAUAAAACCGUCCGCUUAUUUUCUUUCAAGCCUUUAAACAGUAAAUAAUUUGAUUAGUUGGAUAUUGACAAGCAUGGCCGAGGAGUUGAACUCUUGAUGACCGACAGCAACCCCUUAAAAGAGAUGGUUGGAACCCAGAUGACUCGGUUUAAAUUCAAGGCCCUAAGCCGGCACCCUGUCAUAAUUUAAUAACGCCACCAUCUUCCUUUUAAAUUUCAGUGUCUGCGAGAUACUUCUUUCCAAAGGGAAUUCCGCCCUUUCAGUGUUUCGUAGCAUCAGACUUCUCCGUAUUUUCAAACUUGUCAGACCAGUUCGAUACCAGUUACUCGUGGUUAUUAAAACCAUGACAAGUGUGAUGACCUUUUUCGGUCUGCUGUUUCUAUUCAUAUUCGCCUUUGCAAUCCUUGGUAUGAAUUUAUUUGGUGGAAAAUUUGAAUUCAAGAACGCUGAAGGAGAGCUUGUCACCUCCAGGAGUAAUUUUGAUGACUUCCUUUGGGCAAUGGUAUCUGUGUUUCAGGUAUGCUUCGGUUAUCGUGUCAGGCAUAAUUUUUAUCCAUCAGGCCCCGGUUAUUCAAAAGAUGGAUAGCGGUCUCCACCGGAUAAAUCACUAUCUAGUGGAUAAGUCUUAGGGAAACCAAUUGUACUAUCCACUGGAUAGCGAUUUAUCCGAUGGAUAGCGUUAAAUACCUUUUGAACAACUGGGGCCUGCGGUCAGUCCCCAUCGAGCGUUAAGUUAAAUGUUCGCUUGACUGAUUGUGUAAAUUUUACAACUUCUCCGUUGCUAUCCUCUGCUGAUUAGUAGGUACCACCAAACGCAAAAGUUUUAUUUUUUGUCGAUACUCCAAUUUCUCUUAAGUUGACCGAAGUCUAGAUAGCAAAAACGAUUCAUAUAUAUUUAAUUUUUUGAAAAAUUUGGUGAUCAAUCUAACCUUGCAUCAAAACCGUGAAUUUUGCGUCACAUAGAUCCUUACCCAGGAGAACUGGAAUCGAGUAAUGUAUGAUGGCAUGCGCAGUACAAACAAGUGGGCAGCGCUGUACUUUACGACCCUGAUGGCUGUUGGGUAUUAUGUGUUGUUUAACCUACUCGUGACAAUAUUGGUGGAAGGAUUCACAAACUCUGGGGUAAGCGUGCAUGCCCUGGGUAAUUUUCCAGGGUUCAUUUAUGUGCAAUGCUUUAAUUAACCUGUAAAUGAAAAUAUGCCAAGUUAAAGCUCACAAAAAGGAACUUCUUAAGAACAACAACAUAGGCUUAAACCUUCAUCAGUUGGGGAAAAGGGUUGUGUUUGUAACUGAAAGGUUCAGGCGAGAAAAUUUGUUAAGUUUCCUCAAGGAUAGCAGAAACGAGAAUGGACAAUGAUUAUCAAUUUGCGCCUUGUGCAACCAGUUCACUAUUAAGAGAGGAAAACGUUUCUGCGCAUUGUCAUAUUUAUUUCGUCUUUACCGGUUCUGAACUGUUCUUUUUAUCCUCUAGAAAGAAAUUCUCCUUCUAAAGAAUGAAAGAAAAAUGGAAAAUCCUGAUUCUAAUUCAGAGACGAUUAACAAGCCCCAUAUAGUAAUCUCUUAUUGCGAUUCAAACGAGUCUUGUCCCGUAAGCUGUUGUCAAGACGCCACGCCCGAAUUUUGCGGUCACGGAGUACGCAACGCUCUAGGUAUGUAGCAUAAAUUGGUAGGGCUAACAAAGAGCUUUUGAAAAUUGUGCUAAUAUGUCUGUGGGUGUAGGUUGCAACUAAAAAAAUGGAAAGAGAAAUUUUGACGAACGAGGACCCUGCUCUGACAAUAGGGUCUGCAAAGGUAUUUUGGGAUCCAGGAUUUAACCAAAAUGCGGUGCUGGAUUCGAGAAAAGGAAAAAUAUCUUUACGGGAAGCGGGAUCCUACAGCUACUCGGGAAUUAUGUUGGAAAUUCGGGAAAUAAUAAUACGCAGCAAACUAAGUGGGGUCUCCUUUCACACCAGGAACCGAUUACGGCGGAUGAAACUAAACUAUAGUAUGUCUUGUUAAUUAUUUUUUCAUCGUUAUUAUUGUUAUUCAUUAUUGUUUUUGGAAACAAAAAAGGAAUUCGGGAAAGCGAUGAAGAAAAGUGCGGGGUGUAGGAUUUUCGUGAAGAAGGAGCGAGAUUUCGGGGUCAGAACCCCGCCCCUUUCAGACCCUGUGACACAGGUAGAAAUUCAACUUUCCUUAUUAGAAAACAAAUGAUAAGAAACGUAAAGAAACAAACAAAAAUUAAUAUUAUAGUCAGUCUUCAACUAAAGGUUAAGUUUCAUUUGCGUUAAAUAUCCCUUCUUGCAGGAACAACAUUCCAGUUGAAGUCCAACUUUGCGACAAAUCUAACCUUAGUAAAUCUGGAACCCAAAGAAGGGACAAACAAAAAGCGAGUCGAUGAUUUGUCCCAUCAACCACAAGACACCUCGCUGACAUUACCACAGUUGAAGCGAAUGCGACAGGCCUCGAUGUCGAUCAUCAGACGAACAGGACACACGAACCAAAGGAUAGCGGAUCACGAAAUCUCCGCCAAUAAUUUGGGCUUUGAAAUGAACGAUAAUUUAGAAAAGGAUCUUGACAUUUGUGAAACGAAACGAAAUGAAGAGGCUUUGUCAACGAGAACAUUUGAAUUCAAGCCAGAAAUGGCUGAUUCUCCCGUUAUUAAAGCAAGCAAUAGUGCGGGUAUCGACCCGACUGAACGUCUGCGCAAGUCAGGGACGUCGCCCUCUCCCACUGGAAUACAGUCAUACCAAACAGGUUUCCACAACACCAUUAGGGAUGAUGAUAUUUAUCAACAGCGUGAAAGCUACGCUCCUGAAAGUAAGGUAAUGCUAAGUUAAAAGAGCGAUGUUUGACAAUGGCAUGUCAAAACAGAUUCCUCGCCUACCCUGAGCAGAAGAACUAUGGGCCGGUGGGGGGAAUUCCUUAAUUAGUCCCGGCAUUUGAUAAGGGUUUGCUACGCGUAACUGAUUAAAACACCAAGUCAAGGUUUGAUCAAUAUCGCAAUAAAAUUUCCCAAGAGAAUUUCUGACAACCAACCUAACAAAAUUUGCAGUCAUUUGAGUGAAAAUGCGUCAAAAAGCAGGUUUAUUAAGCCCGAGAAGCUCCAAAAUCACAGUAACGAAGGAAAAGGAAAGGAGAAGAAGAAAGAGCGAGGAGAAGAGAAAAAAGCAAUGGUUGCACUCUUAGUUUUUAUAAUAGCUACCUUGACGAUAGUUUUUGGCCGAAAAAAACUGUUGGACCCAAACGGUCCAUUUGGCGGUAACAUUAUCAAAAAUCCGGCUAGAUAUACACAGACACAGAAGAUAGACCACCCACCGCGGUCUACACACCCUACUCGUUACGAACAGAUUUUAGCAUGAGCAAGGGAUGUGAUACGGGGCCUACGAUUUAUUGUCUAGGGGGCAAGAAGAUUAGAACUCUAACCGUUUGCAGAUGUCACUACAAAAUAAACACUUCAAUUUGUCCGGCCGGGAUUUAAACCUGCGGCCCAUCUCUCUGUAGACCAUUGCCAACAGGCUGACAGUAGAUCGUUGAACUGUACAAAUUUUUUUAGUAUUAUUGAACAGCUUUUUUACCAUGGCUUUAAAGAUUUGAUUUGCUACCGUUUCUACUUUUCUGCCAGGUUUCGUCGUUUUCUGCUUGCAGUCUGUGAACACAAAUACUUUGACUACGUGGUUCUGUUGUUUAUUCUAACAAGCUGCGUGACCCUGGCACUAGAAGAGCCGAAGAUGAAUCCAAAGGUAGAGGCUGAGAGAUAUAUCUCAAUUUGCUUUCAGAAGUCGUCUAGUUCACAUGUCCCUAUAUUAUAUAUAAUUCCUGGCUUUUUACCAUUUUAUAGCAAAAAUGAUCACGUGUCAAUCUCUUGUUUGUGUGCAUGUGUAAAAUUAUAUCUAUGGCAGCAAAAUUAGUUAAAAAAUAAACCGAUGAGGUCGGCUAAUUUUGCCUUAAGUUCGCGGCAGACUUUGCUAGUCACUGAUAGCUUCAAUCGAAAAACUCAGCCUUUUUGGCUCCUUUUAUAUUCACAGAAAGGCCAAAUAAUUGACAGCGCGAUGGUUGUGCUGACCGGAAUUUUCAGUGUUGAAAUGACUAUGAAGGUAAAUCGAUCGUUCUUACUAAAUGAAUUGCUUUGAUUUCGCUAUUAGUAACAAACUGCUGCGUUCGACCUCCACUAUGGUAUACUGAAACUAAAACCAUGCAAAAUAUUUUAAGCAGAGGAUGAUUCAGUAAGAACUUAGAGCACUGAAAGGUUUCAUCUUUUUCAAGGUAGCUCAAGGUCCAUAUAACUUACUCAACAACCUACAUUAAUGCAUGUAUGCCUCUAUUAUUUUUUCAGUUUAAUAUUUAUUGUGCACGAUUUCAUGCACCAGGCUCGAGCGCUUGCGGCUACAAAACAUCCAAUCCCAUUGUUUCUUUAAUUCUUCGUUCGACGCCUUUAUAUACGCGAAUUACCCAUUUUUAUUAUAUAGACACGAGUUUUUUACUGGAAAAUAUGCCACUCGUAAAAUUCAUAAAAACUACAUCCGGGACGCGAGUGGUUUAUUUUCCAUAAUUUCACACGUGAGUUUAUCGAUGACGUAAUUUCGGUAAUUUCCCUCCAAAAUUUGUAGGCGUCUUGCGUCCUUUGAAUUUUGAUUACACAUUUUUCAAAGCUUUGCUUAUAUUUUGUCAAUGUAGAGCCCUAUUCAGCUCAGUGUUAUUUCUCAAGAUUAUUGUAAACAAUGUCUUAUAUCGCUGUACUGUAAAUUUGAGACGUCACAAUUACUUUUUGGCGAAUAAAAAUCUAUUAUUUUAUCGAUGUCUUUUUGUCUAUAUAAUAAAAAGAACAUUACACGCUGCGCUCGUUCGUAAAAUAUUGUUUUGCCACUCGAAAAUAAAAUUCAUAUCUUCGCGCCACCGUGUAAUAUCCUCUAUAUAUCAAUAGCAAAUAUUUUGGAUAACCUUAAGUGGCCAAAAUAUGCGCCAUGAAUAAGUCUAAAAACUUUUUUAUAGUUGACUUUUUGAGCUUUGAAAGAAGUAUAAAGUGCUUAUAUGAAUAAAUUAACGUCACGAAUGACGCUUUCAGUAUUGCCACUCGCAAUCACAAAAUGAAGAAGACGAAGCGUCCUUCCUCUACUUGAUUUGUACUAGAUGAAAUGAUCGCCUGGGUACAAAUCUGAAAACAUAUCUUUACAAGCCGAGCACCUUAUUAAUUCCAUUGAAAAAUGAGUUGUAAAGAUAGGAAAACAGGGAACCUGUAGAGCGCUCCGUACAGUGAUGGUAGAGAUUACCUCUCACAAGUGAUCAUGACUGUUCAUUACAGAUUGUCGCUCAUGGUCUUGUUAUUGGUCCUGGAUCUUACCUGAAGGACGGAUGGAAUGUUCUGGAUGGGAGCCUUGUGUUGGUCUCCUGGAUUGACGUCAUCAUUACCUACAGCACUGCUUCUGCGCCGGAAGUGCUUGGAGCCUUGAAAGUCUUCCGAGCAUUGAGAACCCUUAGACCGUCGAGGUAGGUCUGCCAACCGACUCUUUUGUUUACAUAAAGCGUCAAUCAAUCAAUCAAUCAAUCUGCGGCAGGAUUAGCUCAGUCGGCAGAGCACGUGACUUCAGAGCCGGAGGUCGCGGACCAUUACUCAGGGUCUUAAAGUGCUACUACGACGAAAAUUUUUGUUUUUGUUUCCGAGUUUUUUUAACAUAAAUCUUUUGUAUAUGUUCAAAAUUAUACAAAUAGCGAAAAAUUGGAACGAUACUUGCGUACGGGGGCUGGAAAUUUCCCACUGAAAAGUGCGUAAAUACCGUCCGCCAUUACAAAGUUCGCAAAGCAAUAGCCCGCGAGAUCUCCGAAAAGCGGUCGUGCGUUUGACCACGUGUUUAUGCACUGUGACGUAGAAACAUCAACCAAAAGAUUCGCAUUUGGGAAAAGUUUGUGAGUUUAGAGCCUUUUAACAAGACGUUUAAGAUGUCAUCUCCGUCGGAUUCCUCUUCCUGCACAUCUGAAAGUGAUCUAGAAAGUUUUACAGUUGACGAAGUGAUUGGGGAAUUGUCUGAAUUUGCGCCGUACGACGACAGUUGCGAACCCCUUGCUACCGAGGAAGAAGCCGCGGACUACAACGAAAGAGUUCAUCGCGAAGAAGAAGAGGAACAACAGUUUCAACGAAGAUAUUCGGGAGAGGUGCCAGCGAAUGAACGGUAUGGUAUUAUCAUUGAAUCUGCUUAAACCACCACGUAUUAGAAGUGGCUGCACUGGGCCUAAAAACGCGAGCUGGAAAGUCGUACACAACUGUUCGUGAGCAAAGCAACAAGUGAUGAUGAGUAAGUUUGGGUAUUGUUGACUUUGUAUCGGAACGAUCGAACCUUACAUAACAUUGAAUAAUUGAUACAUCUAAGCUUAUCGCCGUGGACUGAUCUCAUAGAAUCACAUUUUUUAUUUUCUAAAUGGCUUUAUUGCCCCAACUGCUUAUUUUUAAAAGGAGUAUUUAUUUAUCUCCAUCCAAUCCGUCCUUGAAUUAACAGUGAUCUCAUUUCUCUAACUAGAUUCCUGAGGUCUGUGGCCUAUCGCCAAUUUACAAGACUGCUGUGGAGUUAUAUUGGUAGUUCCAGGCGAUACCCCUUGCCCUGUUGUGCCUACAAUAAAAUCAGGAAACAAUUUCCGAGUCAAAAUGGCCAUUAUCAUGGAUUUGAAGAUGAAGAAAAUGAAUAGUAAAUGCACUGUUUGUUCUUGAAGAGUGUCAUGUAUGCCAUUGGGGCCAAGAAGGACCUACAGUAGUUGCUUGAAUACUUUUCCGUAAGCACUUAAUUUUAUGGGCCAAACUUCAGAAUUCUCAGCCACUUACUCGCUUUUUGUUGAAUGACAAACUUGCCCACUGUGUGAAGCCCUGUCCUUCUAGCGUUCAGUUAAACUCAAGUUUAGUGGCUGGGAAUUCUGAUGUUGCUCCAAUUUUCAUGUACACAAGUAAUAAAAAUUAAAUAGAAUUCAGCCUGAAUUUAAUUACAGUUUUAAUGUAUCGCUUCUUUCUUUUCACACGGCUCACAGAGCACUGCAAAACUUAAUAGCAGGUUACCUGCUGGAAACUUUCCUAGCAGGUCUGGUUGACUCUUCCAGACUUUUGUCUGGCAACAGUUUCUGCAGAAACUUUCUACGGUUAACAAGAUACCUGU